AUGCAAAAUAAUUAAAAUUAAGGAGACCAACCGUCAAUUAAUUAGACAUUAGAGCCUGGCAAAUAUGAAUUUAAGUUUGGUGUUCACAAGAAUUAAGUGGGUUUAAAGUUAUAGCAAUAACUAAAUGUAAAUGGAGGUGAUGUAUUUUCUUUAAGAUACGAUCAAGAUGAUCAAUAUCUUGCUGUAGGGAUGUCAGAAGGAUUGAUUCAUCUUUAUAACUAAAAUAAAUUUGUACAUACUCUUGAAUAAUUCUAAACACCUGUAACUGCUUUAAGAUGGAGACCAAAUUAUGGUUUAAAGGCAAAGGGGAUAUUGGUAUCAGCAAAUGCAGAGGGACACAUAAUUCAUUGGCAUGCACAUUCAGGGAAAUAAUUACACAAAAUUGUAGAAGAGAAUAACAGUGUUUUAUGUUUGGACUUUAAUUUUGAUGGAAGUUUGUUUGCAACUGGAGGCAAGGAUUUUUGUGUUAGAAUCUACGAUGAUGACAUAAAAAGUGUGUAGCAUCAAUUUUAAUAAGCUGAUUGGGGUUAGAAGGGUCAUGCAAAUAGAGUUUUUGUUGUAAAAUUCAUACCAGACUAACCUAAUAUUCUUAUAUCAGGGGGAUGGGAUGCAAAUAUUUUGAUUUGGGAUAUUAGAGAGAAGUAAUGUGUAGGUCAAUUUUAUGGGCCAUCAUUAUCUGGAGAUUCCCUUGAUUUCUCAGUUAAGAGAUAGUUGAUAUUGACUGGAUCACAUAGAACAGAAAAUUAAGUAUAAUUAUGGGAUUGGAGAACUAGAAAACUUUAUUAAGAAAUAUUUUGGACUGGAUCUUAAUCGGAUGACAAUAGAUCUUAUUAUAUAUAUGCAACUUAGUUUAACAAAGCAAAUGAGGACUAUAUUUAUGCUGGUAGCUCAGGGGUCCAUGAAAUCAAACUUUUUAGUUUGAAAGAUGGUCAAGCAAAAGCUUCUAUUCUGGGUUUACCAAAAGGAAUUCUGAGCAUUGAUUAAAUGAAUACAACUGAUUCUAUUGUGUUUAGUGGGAUAGAAGGAAUGGUAAAUAUUUUUAAGGCAUGA